UCUAAAUCCCCGAUCUACAGAGAAAGAGUGUAUAUUUCUUGUAUUAUAGACCUGUGAAUAGGCUGAAUAAGAGGUUGCACAUCCCGUAUUCUGGACUGCCGUCCUUAAGUUCUGGUUCGCCCAAUAACCAAGAGAGGUUUUGUCGGCGUGUAGGCGCCUUGAUUUAAGCCCCGAUCGAUCAGGACCACCACCCACACCGACAGAAAUCUCGCCGAAACCUCACCCCAUACGGACAACUAAGCCUUCAUCAAGAGAUUACACACCUACGCCGUGGACAUGGGAAACAUGGCAGGCUACGACGACAACAAAGCAAAGGUGCUGAACGGCCACCUCCAGUUCCCACCAAACAUGGACUACAACUACUAUGCGAAUGCGAACCCGCAGCCGUACCAAUUCAUGGGCCUCCCACCCACGCCCUCCCGCUCAAACAUCAAUGGCGACGACUUUGGCAACGGCUCGCCACCGGAGGCGUUCGAGCAGUUCCAAACUUUCGACGCUUACAAUCACUUCGAUGCGCACGGAGCAGCGCAACCCCCGACCCCGCAAUCUCAGCACCAGUCCUCUGGCGGGAACACAAACGAUAGCCAUGAUGGCGGCUCCGAGACGCUCAAUUCGGAGCAGCGACAGGCGAGUAAUAGUGAUGAUGAGGAUAUGACACCCGCGCAGUCCCGGCGGAAGGCUCAGAAUCGCGCUGCACAACGCGCAUUCCGCGAGCGCAAGGAGCGACAUGUUAAGGAGCUGGAGGAGCAGGUCGCGGAGCUGAAGAAGGAGAGCUCGAGUUUCGCUACUCAGAACGAGAUUCUGCGCCUAAACCUGCAGAAGGUGUCGACGGAGAAUGAGAUCCUCAAAGCUACAUCGUCGAACCACCAGGGCGAGACGCUAGUCUCGAGUACGGGCCCGCUGCGCUACUCGCCGACGGACUUUUAUACCGAGCUCCUGCAGCCGCAUGAGAAUAAGACGAUAAGCCACCGCAUUGUGACAGACCCUGUGAGCGGGGGACGGCUGCUGGCGGCGGCGGCGUCGUGGGAUUUUAUCAUCUCGCAUCCGUUGGCGAAGCAGGGGGUUGUGGAUAUCCCGGCUGUUAGUGAGAAGCUGAAGUCGAAGGCGAAGUGUGAUGGGCAGGGGCCGGUGUUUGCGGAGGGGGAUAUUGUGGCGGCGAUCGAGGAUAGCGUGGUGGGGGAUGGGGAUGAGCUGUUAUGAUGCGUUUAUGAAGGGGAGGGAAUGGAUGCUUAUGACUGAUUGACUGACUGGGAGUAUGAGGUUGAAUUGGGGAAUUUGGAGUUCUGUGUCACUGCUGGCUGGCUUUGUUUGCCUGGUUUAUGGGUUUGGUGGGUAGCUGGAUUCUGAAUGCUAUUUGGUCGAUGCAUUUGGCUGUAUGCACUGUCUUUUUUUCAACAUACAAAAGCUACGAUGCUAGCUGUUCGAUGGAUAUAAGCUACCGAUAUUACGUAGGUGUCUAGGGAGUAUAAAUAUGAU